AGGUGGCAUAUUCCCAGAGCACUGGCCAGAAGGAGCAACUGAGCCGCUGCCUGCAGCGAGGCAUCAGGCGGGUGCAGGAUCUCUGUAAGGUGCUGCAGCUCCCGGCGCUGUUUGAGGAGACAGCAGUGUCCUACGUGCAGAGAGCCCUGCAGCACCCCUGCUUCCAUCUGCUCAGCCUGGAGAAGAAGGAGCUCCUGGGGGGCUGCUGCGUCUUCGUGACCUGUCGCCAGCACAACUGGCCCCUGACGAUGGGCACCAUCUGCUCGCUGCUGUACGCGAAGCAGGAGCUGUUUGCCAGCGUCUUCCUGAGCCUCCAGAAGGAGCUGGAGCUCUCUGUGCCUGCCCUGAGCCUGGCGGAUCUGGUGAAGAGCCACCUGAACAGCUUUCAGCUCUUCCAGCCCACAGCCAACAUCCCUGCCCCGUUUGUGGAGGACAAGGAGAAGGUGGUGGCCAGAACACUGCAGAUAGUGGAGCUGGCCAGUGAGACGUGGCUGGUGACGGGCCGGCACCCCGUGCCCAUCGAGGCCACACCUUUCUGCGCCGGGCGGUCCCUGCCCCCCCCUGCCCGCCUCUCCUGCACCCUCGCCCGCUUCUGCAGGCUGGCAGGGGUUGAUCUGCCUCCACCGGCACACCUGAGGCUGAAGGAGCUCCUGGAGAUCCUCCUGAGAAUGGCCUCGCAGCUCGCUUGGCUGAGGGUGUUUAACCUGGACAAGAAAACCGUGGUCAAGUACAUCGGGGACCUGCUGCAGCACCGCAUUGUCCUGCUCAAGAAAGCCUUCUGCCUGCAGGACGGGGAGGAACAGCGGCCCGUGGCCACGGCAGCCCCGAGCGCUUCCGACUCUGCCAUCACCGGCGACGAGCCCAUCUCCGACAGCGAGAUCGAGCAGUACCUGCGGGGCCCAGAGGAGGUCCAGGCCUUCAGGAAGGCCAAGGUUUGGAUGUGA